AUGGGGGAGAACCAUUACUCCCAGCGGCGGCGGACCGCCGGAGGAUCGUUGGAAGGACCCUCGCCGAAGCGCUUGGUACCUGCCAUUGCUACAGAAGAGGUCAAAUUGACUGGAUAUCCUAGUCAUCCCGGUUAUCUUGCUCCUUACAAGGGUGAAAUAUAUCAUUUACCAGAAUGGCAGGGAGGUAUGUGCUUCACUCGUUUCACCUUCAUUAAGGGCUUCAGCAUGGCGUCGUCGUGCCCCUUCAGUAUGGUGUCGCGAUUCACCUUCGUUAAGGCAUCCUUCUUCAACCUCAUUAAGCCCUUUCUCACCAUGCUGGUUCCAACACGUAUAAUUCUCUUUGAAUCCAGUGACGCCAUCUCCGAGCUCGCCGCAUUGCUGCCGCCGCCGCCGGGAGUGGACCUCCUCCCCCUCGCCUUCCCCUCCGGCGACGCCUCCCCGAUGGCACAGCACCCAUGGUAUCCCCUCCUACAAAUGGUUUAUGAUGAGCGGCACCGUGGCAAGAUACUAGAGGAGCGUACGGAGGUUUUGAGGCCUCUACGCCCCCGCCUUCACAAGACUCACACUUGGGACGAUAGGUACGCACCGUACCUUAAAAGGGCUGGAUUCCUCCUGUUGGCGUGGUUGGUCAAGGAUGGGCUCCCCAGGAUGGAUAAUGCAGCUCUGACAGCACUUGUUGACCGAUGGAGGCCUGAGACACACACAUUCCACCUUCCUGCCGGUGAGAUGACCAUUACACUACAAGAUGUGGCUAUGCUCUUUGGACUUCGUAUAUAUGGAAGAGCUGUGACCGGGAGCAUAUGUCCAAAUGGAUGGAGAGAUAGAGUGGAGUUGUUGUUUGGAGUGCACCCACCUGAACCACCAGAAGACACGAAGGACAAGAAGCCUACAGGAGUGACGUCAGCAUGGUUGUCCGAUCAUUUUGGUACGCCACCUCCAGCUCAUGCUCCGGCAGGGGUGGUUGCUAGGUUCGCCCAAGUGUGGCUAUGGCAAUUGGUCGCAGGGUUUCUAUUCCCGGAUUCGAGCGGGAACACAAUCUCGUGGAUGUGGUUAGAACUAAUUGGUCAGGAAUGGGACAACAUUGGCAGUUUCAGCUGGGGAAAUGCAGCACUUGGAUGGUUGUACCAUCAUAUGUGUGAUGCGUGUAGGCGGAGCGGAGAUAAUGCAAGCCUUGGGGGUUGUGCUUACCAUUUGCAAUUGUGGAUGUGGGAGCACAUUCCUAUUGGCAGGCCCGAGAGGCAUAGUAUUGGGGUUGUUCCAUCAUACGAGGAAGAGGCGGUGGGUACUGUGGGUUGGCUGUGGAACAAUAGUGAAACCGUGCACGGGAAUCCAGGAAGGCGGUACGUAGACUACAGCAAUGCUCUUGACUACCUCAGUGCUGCACACGUUGAAUGGAAACCAUACAAUCGCCAAGAGGUGCAAAACAUGGAGCUUAGUCCGCAAUGCACCAUGGAUACUCAAUAUUGGCGCUCCGUCUGUCCUCUUAUUUGCUACUAUAUUGUGGAGUUUCACCUUCCAAAUCGCGUGAUGCGCCAGUUUGGAAUACUUCAGACAUGUCCUCCCGAGCAUCUCAGUACUAGCCAAGAGCUGCAUGCAAUCGAUCGUCGCAAGCAAAGGGGUAUGAAAAACUGGGAGGAGAAGCACGUUGCGCAUGUCAAUGCUUGGAAUCUCCGGGCAAACAACAUUGUUUUUGGUGGACCUAUUCACCACUAA